GAAAGAAAAUAAUUUAAAAAAAGCAGAAAAGAGAGAAUAUUGGCUUCUUUCUUUUUCUUUUCUUGCAGUCCCUGCUAGGCAUCUUUUCCCACUUUUAAUGCUCUUUUUGACAGUCUCAUUCUUUACCUUGUGGAAAACAAUUCUUGGUUCUGUUGCUUUGCUGAUUCCAAUUCUCCCUUACAUCUUUCCAUUUUUCAGUUGAACUUUGUUUCUUAGUUCUGUGAUUUUUUCUGGGUUUGGCCUCUCUGGCAUUAAACUUUCUUGAGCUCCAAAUCCCCCGAAUUUAGUUUGUCACUUUGUUUUCGUCUUCUUCUUCUCCUUCUUCUUCUAAUGAUUUAAGAUACUUCUUGUUGCUUCUUGAUCUAAAGUUCUAGACCUUUCAUUGCUCUUUUUGGUUUGGUUUCUCUAAUAUUCUCACAAUUGGGUUUCUGAAUCCAUGGGACUUUGUCAUGGAAAACCCAUUGAACCCCCACAGAACCCCUCUGAAAAACCAGUAAUUCCCAAUGACGACAACGAACCCACAUGGAAUUCUCAAACUGGGAAGUCAAGAAACUUCCCAUUCUACAGCCCAAGUCCUCUCCACAGCACAUUCAAGAAUUCUCCGGCCAAUUCUAGCGUGAGCUCCACCCCUCUCCGCCUCUUUAAGCGCCCAUUUCCUCCACCGUCGCCAGCGAAGCAUAUCCGGGCAUUGCUUGCUCGGAGACAUGGUUCAGUUGAGCCCAAUGACGCCUCAAUUCCGGAGGGGAGUGAAUGUGAUGUUGGGUUGGAUAAGGAUUUUGGGUAUUCAAAGAGUUUCACUAGCCAUUAUGAGCUUGGAGAAGAGGUGGGUCGUGGGCAUUUUGGGUAUACUUGUUCGGCAAAGGCCAAAAAAGGGAGCUUGAAGGGGCAGGAUGUGGCUGUUAAAGUUAUCCCAAAAUCAAAGAUGACUACAGCUAUUGCCAUUGAGGAUGUAAGGAGAGAAGUGAAAAUAUUACGGGCUCUUACCGGACAUAAGAACCUGGUGCAAUUCUAUGAUGCCUUUGAGGAUGACGACAAUGUUUAUAUAGUAAUGGAGUUAUGCAAAGGAGGGGAAUUAUUAGAUAGAAUACUUUCCAGGGGUGGAAAAUACCCGGAAGAAGAUGCAAAAGCUGUCAUGGUCCAAAUUUUGAGUGUGGUUGCCUAUUGCCAUCUCCAAGGUGUGGUUCACCGUGACCUGAAGCCCGAGAAUUUUCUCUUUACAUCUAGAGAUGAGCAUUCUCAAUUGAAGGCCAUUGACUUCGGAUUAUCUGAUUAUGUAAAGCCAGAUGAAAGGCUGAAUGAUAUCGUAGGGAGUGCAUACUAUGUAGCUCCUGAAGUUCUUCAUAGAUCAUAUGGAACAGAAGCCGAUAUGUGGAGUAUAGGUGUAAUUGCUUAUAUUCUUCUUUGUGGAAGUCGGCCCUUUUGGGCUCGGACAGAAUCUGGAAUCUUCCGAGCGGUCCUUAAAGCAGACCCUAGUUUAGAUGAAGCCCCAUGGCCUUCUUUUUCAGCCCAUUCGGUAGACUUUGUAAAGAGACUGCUCAACAAGGAUUACCGCAAGAGAUUAACUGCUGCUCAGGCUCUUAGUCAUCCAUGGCUGGCCGGUUAUCAUGAUGUCAAGAUACCCUUGGAUAUCAUAACAUACAAGCUUGUAAAAGCUUAUAUAUGUUCUUCUUUUCUGAGGAAAGCAUCUCUUGGGGCUCUUGCAAAGACAUUGACAAUACCUCAGCUGGCUUAUCUCCGAGAACAAUUUACAUUGCUGGGCCCAAACAAAUGCGGAUUCAUAUUUCUACACAAUUUUAAAACGGCUGUGGCAAAGAACUCCACUGAUGCCAUGAAGGACUCAAGGGUUCAAGAUUAUGCCAACAUGGUAAGUUCACUUCAAUAUAGAAAACUGGAUUUUGAAGAAUAUUGUGCUGCAGCAAUAAGUGUGCAUCAGCUGGAAGGAAUGGAGAGUUGGGAGCAACAUGCACGACGUGCCUAUGUGCUUUUUGAGAAGGAUGGAAACAGACCUAUUAUGAUAGAGGAACUUGCCUCAGAGCUUGGACUUAGCCCAUCAGUACCUGUUCAUGUAGUCCUCCAAGACUGGAUAAGACACUCAGAUGGAAAGCUCAGCUUUUUGGGGUUUGUUAGACUUUUGCAUGAGAUUUCUUCUCGUGCGUUUCAGAAGGCUUAGUACAAAAUCCAGCUACACAAACUUUAUUCGUAGAAAUCUACCUCUCUUUCAUUGAACUAAAUUGUCUCAUGGGGACAAAAGGCCACCAUUUUGAGGGAAAUGCUGAAAAGGCAAAGAGCAAAUGUCAUGUCUUGAGAGCACCUCUAAGUUGAAACAAUGAAUGAUGCGGCUUGAGUGGCAGUCAAAGCAUUUUGCAACAAUUUCACACAUCAGAAUGCAUUCUUCAAACUUCCUUGCUCGCAAUUUUUCUUUUCGAAUGUUUGGUUCCGAUGCAUUUCAGGGUAUUGUGCAGAUGAAUGCACAUCAUAGAGUGUAUCUAGGCUAGAAGACAUUGUAAAACUGAUGGAAACCCUGAAGCACUUAGCUCCUCAAUAAUUGCUUCUGUGAUCUGCAAGGAGGCUUUAAGGUAACCGAUAAGAUGGUUUCUGAUUGCAUUUGGGCAUAAAGGCAUGUUGAUCAAACAUUAGCCGCAUUGUUUUUGUUGUAAUUAUAUAUGAAUCUCACUACCAUGUGCAGCCGUAACUGUUAAUUUGUUAUGUGCUUGUUAUUUUUACACCUAUAUAUAUACAAUAUCAAAUCCAGUCGAUUAAGAUUAUUUAGCAAAUUGGGUAGUGGUGUGAUAUUAAUGGUCUAAGUAGUUAUGUACGUAAAGGAGUCACAGUGUAUGUUCGUUAUUUUUAUUGUACUUUUUAAUUUGUAUUCAAAGACUCGA